AAAAUUAAUUUUAUGCAAAUAAUGCAAAUAAUGUAUAUUGUUAAUUGUACUUACCAAAUUUGGUCACAAAGUGUGUGCAUACCAUCAAUAUAUAAAAGCUUUGAAUAUUUUUACAAGAUUCUGUGUCAAAAUCCAAGUCUUCGAAUCCUUCAGUCUCUUUAGUCUCUCUCGUCUUUGAAAGACAAUAUACUACACUCCUUUUUUUUCUCAUUAACCCUCCCUUUCAUCAUUCAUUUUUAAAAUAGCUUUGAAAGCUAUAAUAACUUUCUUUAAUAUCAAAAAAUUCUACAAAAAUGGUUGCGAUCAAAUUAAUUUUUGUUUUCCUUGUUAUAACUACUACGGCAUUGGUUACUGCCUUCAAUCCACAACUUAUGCUUAAAUUGGUUAACGAUGAACGUAAAAAAGUUGGAGCUUCACCACUCACUUUAGACAGCAAAUUGACGUCAGCAGCUCAAAAGCAUACUGAUUUCAUGGUUAAAACUGAUACGCUUACCCACGAUGACGAUGCUGGUUCGUUAGGUGAACGUAUUAAAGCAGAAGGUUAUAACUUCAGUAAUGCCGGAGAAAAUAUCGCUGAAGGAUUUGGUACGAAUGAUGAAGCACGUGUCAUGAAAGCUUGGAUGGGAUCUAGCGGUCAUAAAGCAAAUAUUCUUAACAAAGCGUUCACUAAUUUAGGAGUCGGAUUUGGCGGUGGAAAAUAUUGGACUCAAGUUUUCGGUAAACCGUUAAAUAGCAGAAAAAGUAAACGUUUUGCUCGUAAAAGAUUAGUUAGAGAAUAAAACUAGAAUAAAAUAAUAUAAAUAAUGAAAUUUACUUUUUUUUACCUAGUGACGCUUAUAUGAUGUCAAAGAUUUUAUGAUCCCGUGACAUGUUUUAAAAUAAUAAAUAAUUUAAUAAACACAAAAGUAAAUUAUUACUAAAAAUAGAUUAUCAGUGGUGUAUUCAUUAUUCAUGUGAUACAUGUGAUGAACUAAUAGAUCAAAAAAAAAACUGCGGUUCAUUACUUCUGUUAAUAUUGUUCCUUACGUAUUUCUUAUCAAAUUUUUUAUUGUACAAUGCAAAUUUAUUAUCAAUUUUAUGGUAAAUCUUUCUGUUACCCGAUUCAAAUAUAUGAUUAUAUCAAAAAUAUGUGUAUUGGCG